AAUGGAUAAGUCCAACACAAAUAAACGAACCCGUCAUCCACAAAGACGACCUUCACAUACAUUCCUUGAGAGGGGCUCUCUCUUCCCUCUUCCCUGUACAUUACGUACCAUUACGCCUAUUUUCACUCGACCAGUGAUGGCUUCUGUGCAGAGUCUAACCGCCACUCAAAUGAUCUUCCCAUUGCCUGGUUCUUUGCAGCUGGGUUUAUCUCAUGCAUGUCUUCUCCCAUUCUGUAAAAGACGGGUUCCUUUCCUUGUAAAGGCUUGCUCCACCCCACAGACAAUGGCUCCUCCAAGACAAGAUGCAGCUACGAGGCGUCAAACUCUUGUGUUAGGAGCACUUGCAGCUAGCUUUUCUCUUAUUAAUGCUGCUUCUCCAUCACGUGAGCAGUUAAUUCAGUGCGUUGGUUCCUUGAUAAUGAUGGAUGUCCUAAGAGAACACCCUUGGUAUGGCACAGUUGCUGCAGAAGCUCUAAAAGGAUUUCAAGCUGUCUCAGACAAGAAUGAUGGAUACUCAUUUCUCUACCCAUUUGGGUGGCAGGAAGUGGUCAUUCGGGGGCAAGAUAAGGUUUUCAAAGAUGUGAUUGAGCCCUUAGAAAGUGUGAGUGUUACAAUGGCGCCAACCAGUAAACAAGAUAUUCGGGACCUUGGAUCACCUCCGGAGGUUGCUGAGGCAUUGAUUAAGAAGGUUUUGGCUCCUCCCUCACAAACAACUAAGCUAGUUGAGGCAAAAGAGAAUACAGUUGAUGGGAAGUCUUAUUACACUUUUGAGUUUGUUGCUCAGGCACCAAACUACACCCGCCAUGCACUUGGCUCUAUAACAAUUGGAAACGGGAAAUUUUACACAUUGACGACAGGAGCUAACGAGAGGAGGUGGGCAAAGAUGAAAGACAAAUUGCAUACUGUGGUGGAUUCCUUCAAGAUCUUCAAUGAGCAAUCUGCUUAUCCUUAAUCAAUCAAUGAUGUUCUUUAUUUCGAAGUGUUUGCAAGCAUGUUUUUAGUGACUGAGAGUUUUUUUUCUAAGUAAUGGGGAAGAGGAUCGAAACAUGCCACUGAAGAGAAAUCUCAAACAGGCCAAGCUUGCAUAUCUAUGGGAUACAGAAAUCCUAGGUAUCACAAGGGGCGGAGUCGUUUUGGUACAAGACGUCGUUGAUGGCCAACCUUUUCUAGGGUCAGACUUCAGUUACCCUUGGUUGUGAUUAAGAUAUUAAUUUCAGUUAUUUGUACUUUUCUAAAUUUUAUUUUUGUAAGCUUAUUAAACUGUUCUAUAUCACGAUGACCCGAAAAAAUAGUGAUAUACAGGGAAAAAUUUCGUUACGUAUUCUCUUAACGGAGAUUGAAUUUGUUAUUUUGUAACAAAUCAAUACUUUCCCAUUGAAUGUAAUCUUACAGGCACUUAGAAAACAAUAAUUAAAUUCUAUUUGCCCUC